GUAGCAAUUGAAGGAGCAUUAUCUAGAGGAGCAAUAAGAGAGGCAUUGGGCAGGGGGCUUCGCCCUGCAGGCGAUUUGCUGCCUUGGACCCUAGCGCAAACAUUUGUAGAUGAAGAUAUAGGACUCCUAACAGGGGCUCGGAUUGUAAGGAUUGCUGUCCAUCCAAGCUUGCAGCGAAUGGGGUUCGGGUCUGCUGCACUGCAGCAGCUGAUUGAUUUUUUUGAGGGGAAGGGAGUGUCUCUUAAGGAGCCUCCUGAGUUUGCUGCCUUUGCCCGCGUAAAAGAGAGACAGCAGCAGCAUCAGCAGCAGGGGAAUGGGAAAAAGAAACAGAGGGUAUCUGCUAUGGAUAUGGAUAUAGAAGACCUCGAUGCAGAGGCAGGAGCAUCAGAGGAGGAGACAGAAGAAGAAGAGAUGAAUAGUAGCGAAGAAGAAGAGGAGACAGAAGAGGAAACACGUGCUGCUUCUUCCUCCAAGAAGCGUAAAAAGGAGAAGAAAAAGUCUAAAAAGCACAAAUCAACAGCAGCAGCAGCAGGAGAUACGGCAGCAGCAGCAGGAAGUAAAGAUCCAGCAGCAGGUGUAUCAUUACGUGAAGUAACAUAUGAGCAACUGCAGCAAACAGCAGCAACUCCUCCUCUCCUGUGUCCCUGCAGCAACAGCAAGCCUCCAUUCUUUAUUGACUAUAUAGGCUCUGCCUUCGGUCUUACCGAGCAACUGCUGCGCUUCUGGUCACGUAAGGGAUUUAUUGUUGUAUAUUUACGUCAGCAGCCUAAUGACGUAACAGGGGAGCAUAGUUGUAUUAUGCUGCGCCCUAUUACUCCUGCUGCUGCUGCUGCAGCAGCAGCAGCUGCUGCUGCAGCAGCAGGGGAAGAAGAUAAAGAAGGAAAGGCUAAGGAAGAAAGAAAUCGUCAUGGACUUUAUGGAGGCAUCCGUGCACAAGGAGAGACAGGAAGAACAGCAGAUCCUGAAUGGAUACAGCUAUUUGCUGCUGACUUCCGUCGUCGUUUUAUGCAACUAUUAGGGGGCCCCUUCAGGCAUCUCCCUGUCUCCUUAGCCCUUGCUAUUACCUCAGGGGGCCCCCAGGCCUCGCAGGGGGGCCCCCAUGCGGAUGAAGUUGCUGAGGAAUUUAAUGCGCCUGUCCAUCAAGUCUUAGCCUUGUUUAAUAAAGCAGUUGUUAAAUUACACCAAUACCUACGUGGUAUAUUAGAGGCAGAAGAAGAGGCAAAGUUUAUGCAGUCAUCAACAAGAAGAGUAGCAAUUAAACAAGGAGCAGCAGUAGGGCAAGGGGGCCCCCUUGAGUCCCUAGGGGAGGCGCAGCAAGCAGCAGCAGCAGAGGUGCUGCAGCAGCAAACCCUACAGAUAAAGAAAAUUAAGGAAGCACUAGGCCCUGAUGCUAUUGAGAAGUACGGCGUUAGUCAAUUUACUGCAGAGGAGAUUGCAGGGGCAACAAAAGGUGGUGAUUUGUCUGGGUGUAUAUCUCUUCCUAAGAAGGCACCACCAACUACUAAUACAAAUAAUAAGCAAACAGACAGCGGCAAUUCGCAUAAAAAAAACAAACAUAAAAAAUAUAAAAAUCUUUCCUUUUAA